GUAAGGGGCUCAAAAGCGAAACAAGUUUGUGCACCCCGGAAGCGCUGGGGACAACCUCGUCGCUAACGUCUGCAAAGGUGCGAGAAUGAGUUUGGACGCUGCAGUUAGCGUUUUAACGCGCGCUGUCGAGCUUGAUCAGUCACAAAGCUACUCUGAAGCCUUAGUUUGCUAUCAGGAAGGCCUCGCUUUGCUAAUGAAUGUAUUAAAGGACACAAAAGAUGACGCGACAAGGGUGCACUACCGAGCAAAGAUGGAGUCUUACAUUGAGCGCGCAGAAAAGCUAAAGACAUUGGUCAGGGAACAGAAGGAGGCGGGAACUUUCCACGAGAAAGUCAAUAUAAAGGAAGGAUCGAUCGGAUAUAGCUAUCGGCGCGUGUUCGAGAAGUACUUAGAAGGAAAUGUAAAGGAAGUUGUUGUGGAAGACCCCUACAUUCGAAACGUUCAUCAAAUUUAUAACUUUCUUCGAUUUUGCGAGCUUCUUGUUAGCAAGGGAACAGUUCGAGAGAUCAAACUUCUAACCACUCAAGAUGAAGAUCCAGAAAGCCAAAGCAAUCAGGCCAAGAGACUUCAAGGACUCAAAAACAGUUUAAAGAAACACAACAUAAACCUUGAAAUUGGGUUCUCGGCAACACUUCAUGACCGUGAAAUAAGGUUCAACAAUGGUUGGAUCAUCAAAAUUGGUAGAGGACUUGAUUACUUCAAGGCUCCUCCAGGAAAAUUCUGUAUUGGAUUUUGUGACUUGAACCUGCGAGAAUGUCACGAGACGGUGAUUGACAUUUAUCUAAAGAAGGAAUAAAAGAAACGACCAUAACUUCGACAAGGGUUGCAUCAGCCUGCACUAGCAAGGCAGCAUUAGGACUUACUGGGGUGAUGUAAGGGUCUCUAUAAGAGACUGGUGGCAUCCCUAGGGGUACUCCAUGGACAAUGUGUUAUGAUGGGUUUGUCAAGUAGUAUCUAGUCUGCUUGGACAGAGUCAGUAAUUUCUCCAUUAUUCAGCAAUCGCAGGGUCUAGUGGGCAGAACAUGUACCAGCUCUCUGAGAUCUGGCUGUAUCUGCAGUUGUCAUCCCAAACUUGCUUAGCAGUGUGUACCAUAAUGAUGGGACAACUCUCAGGAGCACACUAUUCUUCAACUGGACGAAUUUUAGUAACUUGAUAAGUACUUCAAUAAAGAUUUGCCAAAAAUGGCACGUUUUUCGGUUAGGUAGGUUUUCUUAUCCCUGUGUUGUUUGGUGCUAGGUAUGGUUUCUAAUUCAUAUUUUAAACCCAAAUACUGCAGAGUAGUUAGCAUUUUAGUAGUACAUUAUUUUUUCACUUGCCUAUUGGUUACUUUAAUUUGGGACAUCUUCCACAUGAUGUAUACCAAUCUGCAAAUGCCUGGUAAC